AUGGAAUCCUACAAGGAGCUCACUUGCGAGUUCUUAGCUUCAAUGAGGUACCACAUGUACGAAGAGGAAGAUAGAGCUGAUUUGGACCAAGGAUUGGGAUGGAUCACGUUCUUGGCUAAGGGAGAGAAGAGAAUGGUGACCUUUAGGCAGUUGGAGAUCUUGUUUGGGUUCAACUAUGGAGAAGGUACCAAGUGGAACUUCAAGGAGAAGGAACUCCAAAGGGUUUGGGCUACAAUCGCUGAUGGGAGUACUCUUCCUCAAGGUCCAAGGCAGCUCAAAUCAGGAGCCCAGUCUUGA